UCCCCCCAAGGACGAUAAACAUUACCAUCCAUCCCCAGCACCACACAUCACAAUAUGCUGCUGCUUUCUUUCCCCAUCGCCAAGCGGGAAAUAAGAUGAAGAAAGAAAUUAUUCACCAAAACUUCUUCUAGAUCUCAUCACUAGACAAACUCUUGCUGUAGCUUUCAUCAGUUUCACAUUUCAGUUCUGAGUCUGACCUGAUUUAAGCCCUGGCUAACUCUCUCUCUACCUAAAUCGUUUAACUAUCUCUCUCCCUUGAUUUCCUUUUUUUCUUCUUCUUCUUUAGUCUGGCUGUUGAUUCGGAGAAGAAGACCAUGGCAGUUAUAUUUGAAGGUUUCUCCAUAAGAGAGUAUACAUCAAAGGUUAGAAGUGUUAACGUGGCUAAGUGUUGGCCAUUUGAUGAUGUGAAUAAAGCGUCAACAUCAUCAACAGCAAAGAGAACAGAUGUAGAAAUGAACAAAUUAUUACCACCUUUAACAUGCCGGAAGUACAGAUGGUGGUCAAAUGAAGUCAAACUUCUAAACGGAGAAGAAUCAGUCCAACCACCCUCUGAUGACAAAUUUCAAAGUGGGUUUCAUGAUGAUAAGGAUAGUGGUUUUGGUUUUGAUGGCGAUGGUGAUGAUGAUAAGAAGAAUGAUAAAAAAGAAAAGGAAGAAGAAGUGGUUUUGACGAGGAAAGAGAAAGAAGAACAGAAAAUGGUAAUGGUAUGUCCAGUUUGUCAGAAGUUUACGGCAUCUACUGUGAAUGCAGUAAACAUUCAUAUUGAUAGUUGUCUUUCCAAAGCUUCUAAAAGAGAAAAGAAACUCAUUAGAUUAGCUAAGAAGAUUGCUGCAGAGGCCGAGGCAGCCAAGUCCUCUUCCAAAACAAAGAAGAAGAAACGGUCCAUUGUUGAGAUUUUUGCCGUGGCUCCACAAAUUGAAACCCUACAAAUCCAAGAAGAAGAAGAAGAAGGCUACAAGCAAGAAGAAGAUAAUACUGAUGAUAAUGAAGAAGACGAAGUAGAAGUUGGUGAGUGUACUAAUAAUAAGAAAUUAUUGAAAGGAAAGAAGAAGAAGAAAAAGAAGUUAUCAUCAUCACCAAAAGCAGAUGCUACAAUGGGAAUGAUUAGGAAUUUCAAGUUUGAUAAUAAAAAGAAGAAGAAGAAGAAAAAGACUGAUUGUUCAACAGUAACAUCGACAUCAUUAUCACCGAAAUUAUUCAAGAAGAAGAAGAAUAAGAUCAAAAAGAAGUCAAAAGUCCCGGUACUGAACCAGGUCUUAGAACAGGAGAUAUUUAAGCACCAGCAAGGCAAGCUUCCACUGCUGCCGAUUCACAGCAUAUUAAAGAAUCAGAGAAGUGUUGUAUCUUGCCAAAAAUCCUCUUCAAUUGGAAACCUGCAGGAUUGUGAUUGCACAAAUUUUCGUUGUGUUCGACGUUCAAAUAAGCAUGUUUGGUUUUCGGGUAAAGACGACAUACUUGGACCGACCAACGGUGGGGUUUCUUCCUUCCAGCUGCCUCAAAUACACAGUAUUCAUGGCCAAGUACCUUAUGAUGUCAUGGGCAAUGCAUUAGUUAGACAGAAUGAAGUAUCUGCUGCUGAUGAAGCUCCUGUGGCAAAUGGAGGUGAUGCAGGUGUUAUUUGCAUUACUAAUGCAUCUGGGACCCGAUCUAUACAUGAAAAAGACGAUUUGGAUGAUCCAACUGGUUAUGAUUCUCCAUCAACUUUCCUCAGUUUAAGUAGUAUCAGUUGUCAAGAUAACAAAAAAGGCUUCUUAGUUGAUGCUUUGGAUGAAACUCAAGGAAAUUGUCCACAUCCUGAUGAUUCCCGCCUCUUUCAUCACGGUAGCUCGCCUGCUUUCUAUAAUCUUCUAUCUGCAGAUAUGCCAAGGUUCGUCACCUCUGCUCUAAAUGAUGGUUACGCUUCCAAUUUGGACUGUCGAAGAGAUGGAGAUGUGCAAGGGUUGGUGGAUAUGAGUGGACCCCUGCCUGAUCAUUUUGUAAAUUCAGUUGCACAAUCUGUUUCCAAGAGUUCACUACUAAACAUGAAGACUACUACACAGCCUUCUUCAACUUUCUUAACUUUAACUACAGAAUCAAGUGGGAUAAAACCUUCUCUCCCACAAAAUUCCGGGCUUACUUCAAAUGGUAAUACGACAGAUAACUCCACUCUUCACCAUUUAUCUCCUAAAGAUCUGAUGAGUUGUCUUUCUUCAUCGAUUGAGUGGAAGAAACGGAGGGGAUCUCUAUGUGGGGGGAAGCAUAUUGACGAGAAUUUUAUUGGUUUGCCUCUGAAUUCACAAGGUGCAUAUGUCCAGUCUUCCUCAAGUAGCAGUAAAGUAGGGUAUAACUGUUUAGAUAAACAAGAUAAAAUGGUGGGCUCGUCCAGCGGCUUCCAAACUCACAAUGUGUGGCCAAACAUAGAGAAGCAGUAUGUGGAAAGACAAGCUUCAAGAGGUCAUUUACAAUUGUUUCCUGAGGAAAUCUGUUUCAGAGAUAAUCCUAAAGUGGAUGUGCCAUCCAGCUUUGGUGUUACACAGUGUAAUGGAGGAACAGAAACUCACUGGGAAGACUCGUUUAGGAGUACGAGUGAAUCUGUACGGCAAUUGGAUUCUGAGCUAAGCAUGUUGAAACUUUGUUCUUAUGGGUCAUGCGACCGAAGUGGGUCUACUGUAAAUCAGACAGAAAAUCAAAAGAGUCGAGCUGAAAAGAGUCCAGAAUGUGGGUUGCUGCCUCAGAAUCAAUUAACUAUACGGUUGAUGGGUAAAGAUGUUACCAUUGGUAGAGCGAACGUACAAGUCUGUAGUUUUGAGGAUGAAGGUUUAUGGACUGACAAGGAAAUUAUAACAGAGCAUCAUCUUCCCAUGGCAGCCCCCGAAGGCUCUUCGUUUCACGGACAUUCUUGUCCUAAAUGGAUUGAACAUUCAGUACUACAAAAACCAAACGAAACUGCGUCUCAUCUAUGGAAAGCUCAAACCAGCUCACCGCAGAUUUUGCAGAUGAAAGCUGUAGAACCUAGUUUUUCUCAGUUGUACUACAAGUGGAGGACACCUUAUCUGUCACACGCUGGUGUUUCCUUGAUCAGUAAAAAACAAUGCCUGGAAACCCGAAAGGUUGCUUCCGAUUCAUCGAUGGAUAGGGCGGCGAAGGUUCCAGCAUCUAGUACUGCUCAAGAUGAAUCUCGCUACACCGGACGUGAAAUGCCAGUACAAUCAUCGGCUCCACACAAUGCUUGUGAUCAUACACUUUUCAGCUCUACGCAAUUUAAGCACAGCCAGAGCACGUCUGUUCAUGAAAAACAUUCGCGUUUCGUAUUUCCCUUCUCAAGCGAGGAUCUCCCGGAGUAUGUGCAACCAUCACGGUUUGAAAGCUCUUCACAGCAGUUGCCACAGUGGUUGAUAAACCCUAAACAGCAGAAAGUUACUCCGCCUGCUUUAUCCAAACCUUACUUUGCUGCAAGGGCUACACACCAUCCAUCUAGCAAAUUAGGUAUCUCUUCUCCACAUAAAAAAUCGACAGUUCCACUUGCUUCUGAACCAGGAACCUCAAUCCACCGCAUGCAGAAAUCAGCUGGUGGGACUUCGUUGAAUUUCCCUCCAAUCAUCCCAGCUCCUCCUGGAUUCAGAAGGUGUUUUCCUAGUAACUCGUUUUCUAAAAAAUUAUUUAAGAUCAAGGAUGGAAGUUAUUCCAGGAUUUCAUCUCUUAAUAAUAUCGAUCAAGUUAAGAAAACCAACAAGAGGCCUGCAGCUACAUCAAAUGAUUUGUCAAGAUCCUUUAAGAGACUCAACUGGCAGAUGCAAGAGUUUGAUGGCAAGUUGGGGUUGGACAGAGCUGCAGAUAGUAGAGUUCACACACAACCUAAUUCUUCCCCACCUGAACAUGACGAAUACAGAAAUGAAGGGAGUGAUGUGGGAGGUGACAGCCAUGGACUAUCUCAGGAUAUUCAUGAAGAGGAUGGAUUCAGAACCUUGCCAAGCUCUAACUUCUGUAAAUCGGACACUAUGGGUAGAUCAGGUCCAAUUAAACUAACUGCAGGAGCAAAGCACAUCUUGAAACCUAGUCCAACAAUUGCUCGAGAUAUUCCUAAGCCAACUCAUCCAAUAAUUCCUCUUGGACAAGUUGCCAAUGCUAGUAAAGUUUCAGAACUUCAGAAGAAACCGGUGCAAAUUUUCAAGCUCUAAGAGAGUAAGUCAGAGCUGUUUAUGUCGUUUGACUUCUUAGUGCUUCACAUGGGCUGCUAUUGGGCAAUGGUUUUGCUACCAAUAGGAAUCCUUCCAAUAGAGGUAUGUUGUGAUGGUUGUGUAAUUUCCAUGGAUGAUAGAGAGACAACCAAGUAAUCUACCAUGGUGCUUAAUGUACUGUACUACUUUCUUGUACCAAAGGCAUGUUACUUCAAUAGUUAGGCCUUUGUCUUGGCGAAGUAAAUGCACUCUAAUCUAAUUAAAAGUCCUAAAAAUUAGCUUUUGUGGAA